AUGCACAUCUACAUCACCGGAGGCACCGGCCGCAACGGCUCCCUCGCCAUCUCCGCCGCCCUCGACCGCGGCCACACCGUCACCGCCCUCGUCCGCUCCCCCACUUCCUCCACCCCUCCCCGCCCCGGCCUCACCCUCGUCACCGGCUCGCCGCUCUCCCAGGCCGACGUCCGGCGCGCCCUCACCACCGGCCCCUCCCCGCCCUCCGCCGUCAUCUUCACCCUCGGCCUGCCGCGCACCUCCACCAGCCCCUUUGCGCCUCUCCGCCCCAACACCCCGGCGGACCUCCUCUCCCGCGCCGCCUCUACGCUCCUCGCCGCCAUCGACGCCAUCGGCGGCCCGGCGCCGAAGAUCGUGGUCAACUCGACGCUCGGCGCGGGGGAUUCGUGGGCGGCCCUGGCGUGGCCGUUCAAGGUGCUGUUCAGCCGCACGCCGAUGCGCUUCGGCGUGGAGGACCACGACAAGGUGGACAAGGUGGUGCGCGAGGGGGGGCGGAGGUUCGUGUUGGCGCGCGCGGGACGCCUGACGGAGCAGAAGGAGGAGGGGGCGGAGCCGGCGCCGGUCAGGGUGCUGCCGGACGACGGCAAGGGUCUGGGUUUCAUGGAUGCGCUCACUAGGCAGAGCCUGGCGCUGUGGCUAGUCCUCGCAGCUGAGCAGGACACCUGGGAUGGGAGGUCACCAGUUCUGGUUAAUUAG